AUGCAAUUCGGCUUAGCAAGACACAGGAGAACACUCGAACGCCAGCGAGUGCGCAGUCCGCCGUUGAGCUCCGAGGAUCUAGAUUUCAUGCCUAUGAUCUCGAAAGCCACGUCUUCUAAGAGAAAGGCGUCCACCCCCGUGGUUACACCCCCUGACAUAACCGAUCAGGGACCAGUAAUUCGUGCCUACGACCUGUUCCAAGGCGACCUUCCUACCAGCACGACGCUGCCGCGCUCGUUACCAGCUCUGGAUGCCAUAGAUAGUGGCGGAGAAGAUGAUGCUGGCCACAUGUUUGCUUUGACCAACGAAUUCCGAACGUGGACGCGGCGGCAACAGCAACAACAACUUAACACACCAACACAGACAUGCCCACCAAGCUCUGUUGCUCUCAUCUACCAAGCUUACAAAGAUGACUGUCUGCACUACCUACCUCUACGUACAAUCCGAUCCUCGAAUCGCUCCAGCGACUAUAUUAUACCGCUGGCGUGUCGUCAGCGCUUCGAGCCGCAGCUCGGAGGCGAAGAAUCUUCGAGAGUCAUCUGGCCAUCGGACGAGCUACCAGUAGAGCUGUUCGACAAUAUCACCGGCUUCUUGACUCGUGACGACAUGCAGUCAAUGCGCUUGGUCAACCGCGAGUUUGAGAGGAAAGUGUCGAUGUCGUUCUUCACUACCUCUGUUGUCCCUUUCAACACGGAGCUAUACGACAUGAUAGAGGAUGACACGAAAAUUACCGAGCUGCCACUACCCCAGGUUUGUACUAAACCCAGCAAGGGUAAAGGUAGAGCAAUGUCGAGCAGCCUCAAUUGGAAGAAUGCGAGCGAAGACCCGGAUGGUAAAGUCUACAAGGGUCAUGGACUCAAAGUCUUCCAAGGCUUUGGUCCUCACAUCCGAAGAUUCGGCAUGAGCUUCGAGGUCUCUGAGCAGCACCUCUCCAAUCCACCGGUGAAGAAGGAGCUCGAUGACAUUACAUCUUAUCAUGGGUACUACAACUGGCCGCACCCGUAUUAUCGGCGCUUUGAUGCCUUGACAGGUCUCGAGACUGCAGCGGAUGAGACAUCCAGGAUGAAAGAAGCCUUCGAGAAGCUUGAGGUCGUGAAAGAGCUCGGUCUUUCGAUUGAUAGCGGCCUGGGCUGGCUCACUGGCCCAGACCAAUCUGCGCAUGCCAAGGUGUUCGGACGACCGUCUCCCGUGUUUGCUCUGCAAGGAGAUGUUGCUGAAGCUCCACAGAUGCAGCAUGAGUCUACCUUGACGUAUCGGUCGUUAGACAUGUCACCUAAUAGCCUCGCUGGUCUCGAGGACACCAUCUACGCCAACACCUCACUCUGGCUAAAGGCUCCCAUAUCACAGGUGAUACCCGAUCUCCACCGCCAAUCAGGAUGCUUCGGCGUUGUGUACUGCUACACAGCCCAGCUAGAUUCGCUUCUGCAGGCGGGCAACAUGAGCGCUGUCAAGCCGGCGGAACUUUGUAAGGGCCAGAAAGAAUGGUUGUUGGAGACCGAGUGGGCACAACGAGCUUUCCUCGAAUGUUAUAUGUUGGCCAUGACUGGCACACCAUUAAACUUCUCACGCAUCACGACUCUCAAUAUCGCCAAACUGUCUUCCGGCUUCAUACAGACGAUUGCUGCAGAGCACUUCUGGCAGGCGCUACCAGCACUUAAGGACUUGACUCUUUUGAUCACUCCAGAAUGGCGCUCGGCGAACAAGGAUGCUGCCGGCUUUGCCGAAUUGACUCUUAAGAACCCGAGCGAUGCCGUGUCAAGCUUCUAUGGUUUGUUACAUGACCGCAUCUGGGGUAUCGCUACCAUCAAGAAGUUGAGGAUUGGGUACACGUCCGAAUGUGGUGAGCAUGCACCCGGAAUGUUUGCUCGCAACACCAAUAUUCUUCCUGCUCCGGUUGUUCGACUAGAAUUUGCCACAGCUGCCAAUCCACCAGUGGAUGCCAUACUCACUUUUCCGUACGUGGAAGAGCUUGUGCUCGAGAACUGCUGGCUGACGCCGGUCGUGCUGGAAGGCCUGGUUACGGAGCACGCGCAGCAAGAGCUUAAGCAAUUAUCCCUGAUCUCGGUGUCUUUGACAGCGCACCCUCACUUCCCAGCAGCAGCGAACGUUCAGCAAGGGCAGGCUAUGGCGAUGGUGCAGCAGAACCAACAAAACGCACAAGCUCAGCAGAUGUUCGCAAUGGGCCUUGGACCUGUCCAGCCACCCCCAAUGCCACAAGCUGUGGUGCAUAUCCUGAAUCAUGGCAAUCCUACCCCCCAACAAGUGGCGUACGUACAGCAGUGGCAAAACAACAUGCAGCAAUUGCAACAACAGCAAAUUCAGGCUGCACAGCUCCAUCAGAUGGGACAACAGUGGAAUUUGCAUGGCGGUAUCCUCGGCGCGAUCAACCAUCAUCAGGCACAGCCGACUCGUCACUGGAGCGAACCACAUCGUGAUGGCUCAUGGGCUCAUCUCCUGGACCUGGUCGGGCCAGGAGCCAAACUGGCGUCCUUCAGCCCAGACCCUCACCGCCGGGGUGUCCUUGGGUCUGCAUUAAUCGGCGAAGAGGAGGCAGUACCCAUCACUACCAACGUUCGCAAGAUCCUCCUACAGUCCUGCGGCUACGUUCGCCUCCCUUCACCGUCCUUCGACCAGAGCACAAUCGAACACGGCACCCAUAUGCUCUCGCCUUGGUUCCGAACCAGACAAGCGGUACUCAAGUCUCUCAUGCUCGAGGCUCGUGAUCGGAACUUGGGUACCAUUGCCCAAUUCAUGCCUGCGCGUGAGCUGGAGGCUUUGAGAUUCGCUUGGGGCGUCACGGAAGGCUGGAGAGGGGUUGAGGGGUUAGAAGGAAGAGAGGUCGAAAGUGAGUAUGACGGCUUGGCCACUGGCGGCACGGGUAGAGUGUCGGGGAUCGUGCAGGCAUUGGAUUGA